UGCAGUGUGACAUCCUCUCUGCUGCCCCAGGUAGUAAGUGUGAAGAGUAACCACUGCGGACAAGUACCUGUCCACCUAGGGCUGUUUUGCCCUGGUUUGGCUCCCCUUUGACAUUCUGCCUGCUAGAGGGAGGAAUUAUGAGCAAAGAAAGCGACUGCAGACAAUUGACAUCCAGAAGCCACAAGUUUCUCUAAAAAUCAGAUCUUCACACCAACCAAGACAGAGCCAUGGCGGUAUCGCUGGAAGAAUUUGUUCACUCCCUUGACCUAAGGACCCUUCCCAGGGUCUUAGAAAUCCAGUCAGGCAUCUACUUUGAAGGGUCUAUUUAUGAAAUGUUCGGCAAUGAAUGCUGUUUGUCAACAGGGGAAGUGAUUAAAAUCACAGGCCUCAAAAUUAAGAAGAUAAUGGCUGAAAUUUGUGAGGAUAAUUCUAGAGAUUCCGAAUCUCGGAAGCCCUUUGAACUGCCCAUGAAUUUUCCAGGUCUAUUUAAGGUCAUGGCGGAUAAAACUCCGUACCUUACAGUGGAAGAAAUCACAAGAACCAUUCAUAUUGGACCUAGUAGACGAGGACAUCCUUGCUUUUAUCACCUGAAGGAUAUAAAAGUAGAGAAUCUUACCAUAAAGCAGGGUGAGCCAAUAAGGCUCAACUCAAUUGAAGAGAUUGACGGAGAAGUACUGGUGAAUUGCGGUGUGGUAAGGAAUCACCAGAGUCAUUCCUUCACUUUGCCAUUAUCACAAGAAGGAGAGUUCUAUGAGUGUGAGGAUGAGCAUAUUUAUACCCUAAAAGAAAUUGUUGAAUGGAAGAUUCCUAAGAACAGAACACGGACUGUGAAACUUACAAAUUUCUCAAAUAAGUGGGACUCGCCCAAUCCAUUCCCUGAAGACUUUCAUGGAACUGUGAUUCUCAAGCCUGUUUAUGAAAUCCAAGGUGUGCUGAAAUUUCAAAAGGACAUAGUCCGGCUUCUCCCCAGUUUAGACGUUGAAGUCAAAGAUAUUACUGACUCUUCUGAUGCUAACUGGUUUCUUCAGCUACUGUCUAUUGAAGAUCUUUUGGAAAUGACCAGCAAAGAGUUUCCUAUAGUAGCUGAAGUCAUCGAAGUAGUUCAAGGGAAUCAGCUGCCUCAGGGUAUUCUACAGCCUGGGCAAACAAUUAUUAUCCACAAAAAGUAUCAGGCUUCGAGGAUCCUAGCUUCAGAAAUUCGAAGCAAUUUCCCUAAAAGACACUUCUUGAUUCCUAGUAGCUACAAAGGCAAGUUCAAAAGGAGACCCCGGGAGUUCCCAACGGCCUAUGACCUGCAGAUAUCUAAGACUGAGAAGGAAACUCUCCAUGUGGUAGCCACCAAAGCCUUCCAUACACUUCACAAGGAACUGUCCUCUGUUUCUGUUGGGGACCAGUUUCUAGUGCAUCACUCAGAGACCACAGAAGUUGUCUUUGAGGGAACAAGAAAAGUGAACGUUCUGGCCUGUGAAAAAAUCCUCAGUAAGUCCUACGAGGCAGCCCGGCUUCCUCUGUACAUGGAAGGAGGUUUUGUAGAGGUGAUUCAUGAUAAGAAACAGUACCAGAUUUCAGAGCUCUGUACACAGUUCCGCUGGCCCUUCAAUGUAAAGGUGUCUGUGAGAGAUCUCUUCAUGAAAGAUGACAUUUUGGCCGCUACCCCAGGACUGCAGUUGGAGGAGGAUAUCACAGACUCUUACCUACUUGUUAGUGACUUUGCCAACCCCGGAGAAUGUUGGGAAAUUCCCAUGAGCCGACUGAAUAUGACUGUUCAGUUAGUUAGUAGUAGUAAUUUGUCUAUGGAUACAGGACCAAUUCAAGUUAGGACUCUGGUAGAAGAGAUCACAGAAGAACAAUAUUACAUGAUGAGGAGGUACGAAAGUUCUCCCUCACAUCCCCCGCCUCGUCCUCCCAAGAACCCCUCAGCAGAGGAGAUGAAGUUAACCUUGCUCAGCUUAGCAGAAGAAAGAACAAUAGAUCUUCCCAAGUCUCCCAAGAGUCACCAUGCAGAUAGAGUCAAGAAACUUCGCCCAGCUCAAGGUGGCCUGGAUUCAAGAAUACCAGUGGGUUUUCGAAAUGAUCUGGUUGAUGUGGAGAGGCAGAAGAACAAGCAGGGGCCACUGGAGUAGCAAGCAACAAGGUGAUUGCAGGUUGAAUAUCACAGUCAACGAAGACUGCAUCUAGAAUCCCAACUAUAGAUCACAGAUAGCUUCAGUCCCUCUCCAGCUGUGGCUAGCUGAGCUGGCUACAAGUUUACUAUUUCCUCAGUUUCCUGCCUUACAUUCUCCUAAAACGGAUGUGUUAUGAUGGGGAAAAAUGCAUGUAAAACUGGGACUUUCAACUGCAAGCAUGUUAUAAAUCUAGAGUAUUAUUUUCUGUCUCAUAAAUGUCUACUUUGUCUCUGAAUAAUUUACAUGAUUUCCUUUUAUUUUACUUUUUGGUUCUUUUUGCUUUGACCCCUCCCCAUUAUUUCUCAAAAUGAAAUAUGCAUGCAGGAAUCCUAUAAACAGUCUUUGCAAGCAGCCAGUACACCCUCCUGAUGGAUUCCUCUUACCUUUUUCUUCACGUAUAGAACUCUUCAAAACUGAAAAACAUCAAAAGUAACAAGAUGCAAUGGAAGCCACUUGGACAGUGAACAUAAAAGUUGCCAUGGAAAAGAAAGUCUAGUCUUCUAGGUGAAAAACAACUAUCCCCCAAUGGCCUCUAGAAGAAUCUGGACUGGGUCAGGGCAAAGACAAAAACAAACAUAAAAGGUUUUAGAUCAUAAGGCUCAAAGAUAGGCCCCAUGAUGUGAAAUUUAAAUUGUCUAUUGUGAUUCCUGAAAUACACAUGUCCUGUUUCUGUGAUGUUUAAGACAUAUUUAUUUAAUGUACAUAUGUUUUGUCUCUUACUUUUACUACUAACAUUUAACAAUCUGAAAUAAAUUUACACUUCAAUUAUUGAAUAAAAUCCCGUUUGAAAAGUGUAAACUCUCACUGAGUUUUCACCCUUUUUCUGGCAAUUUUCUUCCCAUUUUUCUAGUGUUAUCAUCAUUUCUGCCAAGAGUCAAGAAAAAUUAAUUACAUCUGAGAGUGACUUAAAAUGUCCAAGUUUCUCCUCUGGUUCCCUGGGAACUGUGAGCUCACAUUUUCAAUUUGUUUUAUAAAUACACUGUAAAUAAAUGUCAAGUCUCAACAGCCAAAGCCAAUAUGAGUCACAGAACCUCUUCUGACCUCUUCUUUCUACUUUGGAAAGAAAGAGCUCCUGACUAAAGCAUCACCCAGGUUCUAAUAAUCCACCUUGUAUUUUAUGCACUGUAUUUUCCACGAUGUUUUGAACAAAUGCUUAUUAGGAUUGUAGCAGACCAUUAAGUCAGCCAUAAUAUUUGAUAGGAAGAGAAAGACACCAUAAUUGUAACAAGUCAUAUAAAUAUAUCUGGCAUAAGCCAAAAUAAGUUUCAAUGAAUAUAUAGUAGAAUAGUACUUAUCAUUACAUGCCUGUAAAAAUUAAAGUCAAACACAUUUUUAUAAGUUUUCUUACCAUGUAUUAAAUACACAGGAGAUUGAGAUUUUUCUAGUAGAGAAUAGUGAGAAGUCUUAGGUUUUGUUCAUAGGUCAGAUUUUCCACAGAACUUAAUUCUGAUCUCAUAAUUAAUUUAUAAGUUGAGAGAACUUGUUUGAUGAUUUAGUACAUAAGACUUCUCAAGAUAAUAAAUCAUGAGAGAAUUUUCAUUAUAUAAAUAAUCACAGCUAGAGAUCUUUCAUAUAGUGUUUAUAUUCUGAUUUCUUUCCUUCUCUCAUCUUUUUUCUCUUUAAGUGAUAACAAAAUUUGAUUUCAAUGCUUUGAAGUUUGCUUAAUGACUUUACUGCUAUAAUAUCUGUGUUGUCUAUAAUUUCCAAAAUUUUAGAAGAUUGUUUCACUUUUAUCUUUUUUCCAGUUUGUAUCUAUUUGAGAAGGAUAAUUUAAAAUUAACAUCUCUGUAUUUGAGUAUUUGAACACCCUAGAGAAUCAUGACCCAAGCACACAGCCCAGGAAAGCUAGACUGUGGAUGCUCUAGGACCUAUAAAAUUUGUCAUUUUUUAGUUAACGGUGAGCACUGGAUAUUUGUACUUUGGUGUAUGAGCACAAUUGAGUUUGUUCUUUUUAUAAGUCCAUGUCUUUGACUAAAAUAAGAAAAUUAAUUCUCCUCCUUUUGAUGUCAAUCAUCAAGGGCUUUCCAUGGGAAAUCAUGUAUACCAUUUCUAACUUAAUGUAAGUCCCUUUGCAUGCUCUGUUUAUAGUUGUUUUGGUAUCAGAAAUGUAAUAAACUUUAUGACCUA